GUAAUAUACCAUCUUAUUUUAAUAUACCACUACUGCUGAGAUAAACUGACAAAUAAUUUUUAAACAACUCUCAUAGCUUGUAAUAGUGUGUUUAAACAGGACUUCUGUACACUGUCUAAUAUUAGCAAGACUAAACAUUAGUUACUAUGUAGGAACACAAGUAGUGUAUCAUGAGAUCAAAAUCAAAUAUAGAAAAUCACUAUCUUGUAACCAAUAUUCAAAAUCAUGAUCUUUGAUUGUUCAAUACUCACAAUAUAUGAACGUUUAUUUAUACUUUAUGACUGAAGCACCAUUAUGGAAAUACAGUAAUCAAUGAGCCUCUUUCUAGUGUAUAAAAUUUACAUACUUGAAACUGAGAAAUCCAAAUGGUAGUACAACAACAUGCUACCUCACACCAAUGUAGCAGAGCGCUUAUGAGUGACUAUAGCAGGAACUGCCUGGUGCAGAGCAGCAGCAUCCCAAGAUCCUCCCACAGGAUCAUCAGCUUCUCCUGGAGCAGGUGAUCCCUUCAUGACUUCCAAGGGCUGGCAAGUAUAGAGUCCAAGAGACGCAGUGCUAGAGAUGGUUUGCGACAGUGGCGGGUCAUCACGACCUCCAAUUUUGCUCUCAUUAAUUCUGACAGUGUUGGGAGUGGAGGCAGUGGGAGGUCAAUACGUGGUCAACCAUUGUUACUGCUUCUCUGACGGCUUCGACGCCAACAUUACCGCUGCCAUCGCAAAGUUUCCCCCACAAAACUCGCUCAUCUAUCAAUAUACUGGCGCCUUGUACAACAAGUAUAGCAGUUUUGUUCCAUGUCAGUGUGCUGAUGUAACGAGGGUCCAGACAACAGUUGUGAUGACCAACACCAGCAUAAUGGCAGCAGCCAACGCUACCAUAGUGCCAUCCAACGCCAGCGCUGCAGCAGUACGGAACGCAACCCAGACCACCACGCUGCUCCUCAUCAACCUCUCUACCAAGAUGAUGACUGUGCAGUUGCCACAGAUGAGGCAGCUGGUUCCUUCCCUUAACAGUACCCUCAUAUCUGGCCAGUACUACAACCUGACCAACGUCACUGCCACAGCUGCAAAUUUCAACCUCCAGUUCGUUCUCAGAGGUCGCAACGCAAGUCUCUCCGACCAGGUGUGUGCUGGGCUGGUGGCUGUCUUCUCCAACGAUACCUCGGUCAACCUCACUUCCAGCAACUGCACAGUGGUGGGGUGUAACCAGACUUCUCCGGCACCACCUACCAAUGGUAACCUGACCUCCACUGGCACUUUAGCAGGUGCCACAGCCACUUACACCUGCAAUGCGGGUUACAGGCUGAGUACUCUUACUAAUGAAGUAGUAUCAGUGUGUGAUCACAACACCACUACCUGGACCCCACUACCUGCCAACCUCUCCUGUCCUCUAGAUAUGAGGUGUAAGGGAAGCCCACCACCUAUCCCACAAUUUAUGGUCAACAACUGGGACAGAGUGACGAGGGAACAAGGCACGCAGAUCACAUACACUUGUCAAAUCAGCUACAGGUUAGCAAGGAGAAGGGAUGAUGGGAGUCGGGAUGAUGGGAAAGUAUUGAGGCAGGGAGAGGGAGGGUGGAAGGGAAAGGAAAAAAUAGAGAAGGAAGGAAAGAACAGACCUGUGGUUGGGACAUCCAUGAUCUCCACGUGUCAGAACACCACCUGGACCAAUAUCUCCACAAACUUCCAGUGUGAAUAUGUUGGUUGCAGUGAUUCCCCUCCUCAGGUACCAGAUAACGUUAAGCUCUACUGGGACUCCAGCAUGCUGGAAAAAUCAACCGCCAUCUACAGCUGCGUGGAUGGCUUCGUUGCUAUCGGCUCUGUUCAGCAGCUGACUCUCACAUGUCUCAACAUGACCUGGGGAGAACUACCAAGCAACUUCCUAUGUGUGGGUAGUGACUAUAACUUUAUGAAUUCUGGGAACUUUGACGAUGUUAAUUACUUCUUCAUUGUCACCAUCCCUUCACUUGCAGCUCUGAUGUGCUUCAUGUGUUGCUGCCUGUGUUGUACCAGGAUUGACUCUCCACUCUUCUGCCUCUGCAGUCCCCGUAAGAAGAGCAAUAGUUAUCCCUAGCAUAAACUUGACCAGGCCAGACACUCUCAUGCUUUGCCUGUGGGACGUCUGAAGAAAAAACAAUAGUUACCCGUUAAAAUUAAGACCAAUAGUUACUCUUUAAGAGGAAGAGCACUAGUUAUUAUAAAAGAGAGCAAUAGUUAUCAAAAAACAAAGAAAGAGAAUAGUUUUCUUUAAAUUAUUAUUAAUACAGCAUCUAUUUGAAGUUCUAAAUAUUUUUUUUGUAAUGCAUACACACACACGAGCAGUGAAGUGACAACUGAAUACAAUAUUGUUUGUAAUCACAAGAUAGGUUUGACAAUGUAAGGUUUACUAGUGUUAUUAACAGGUCUCAGUUUUUAGGCUUACCUAUUUUUGUGCAAUUCAGAAUGCAUUGGCAUCGCUAGGGUUAGUGUCACCCUGGGCAGAUAUCUUUGGUGUCACCCCCAUGAAAUCCAAGGGCAGGGGGAUGGGGGGAGUAAACUCCAGUUACGUCACUACUGCAUGACUAAUGACUAGUGUUUAGCAAUGAGAACGUUUAAGGGCCAUAAACUGAACAGGAGAAUACUUCUCAACUUUAUUAAUGAUAAAAUAAAUAAUCAUAGUAAUAUUGAUGAAACAAACUCAAAUACCACUUUGAGUACAGGCAACAGAUCCUACAUUUAUUCAUCUUCAACAAUGCAAAAAAAAAAAAAAAAAAAAAUUGAAAAAUAAAGAAAAAAUUGCAA